UAUUUACACAAAUGAAACUGUGCUUCAAUGUGUGUGACAGAUUAAUUAUUAUGUAAGGUUCUAGCUCGAAGUCAUGUAGCCGUGUGCAUAUGAGCAAGAAACUAAUCCUUCAUGCCGUGGUCGUGGAGUUAUUCGGGCGACUGUGCACAACUGCAUGCACCGCGCUCAUGCCACCCGUGAAGGAUAGUGCAGUCUACUUCAUACUGUAUCUUCGGUUUGGCGCUUGUUGAGUUGUAUGAGAGGGGCACAUGUUCAAAUGCAAACUACCGAGUUACGCUUUUGCAGUUUGGGUGCCGACUCGAGUUUUCUCUUCGCGGCAACAGCUGGCUGCCAACUCACAAAAUCCAUGAUGUUCUGCACUGUAGCUGAAACCACGAGACCUCUGACCUGUGUGUCUGGGAGCCCUUUAACCAACAAUCACUGCCAUUUCCGUCUAAUAGGACUAAAUAAGACUCAGCCUCAAGCCCUAAACAAUCAGGGAUGGACAGGUGAAAACUGAGAGGCCGAGGGGGGGGCCUUUAUUUUAAACCUUGUUAAUCCAGCUGGUUCCAUAGAGGGACAUGCAAUUAUUCUCAACCAUAGCAGUUUCUUUUUAGAAGUCCACUUUUGCCAUAUAAAAAAUGCCUAUAAACAUUAGAGCCAGGCCCGCGCAGAGCAAACUGUUGGCUGCCCCAAAGAGCAGCGCGCAAACUGAUGGCGGCACAUCACAUUCACGCUUUUCAAGAUCCAACAAACAGGGGAAAGGCAAACAGGCUGCCAUCUCAGCAACAGGCUCGCGAUCUGGGCUAGAACCAGGCUCGGUGUCAGGGGGUGGGCCUGCACCAGCGUCUAAAUUACCUGCAGGUCAAGGAAGCUUGACGAAGCCAGGUCCGAAGAUCAAACCUGGCACAGCAACAGACAAAGGAACAACUCGUGGUUCAGCGACAGCUCCAGGCGGUAAAACCCUGUCUAUGGAGAACAUCCAGUCUUUGAGUGCUGCCUAUGCCACUUCAGGCACCAUUUACCCCUAUGAGAGAGAUUCGUUGGAACCCUCCGUUGGGUACCCCAAAGGCACCAUGACGCUGGGCAGGAGCACCAGCCGCUCCUCCUACACUAACCGAACAACAGCCAUGGGCAGCACCCCCAACAUCACCUCCUCUGGGAUCCAUCACCCGUCAGACCCCUACGGAGAGCAAAGCUUGCAUCCUGCGAGGACUUCCAGUCUGCGGCGCCAGUCUGGAAGACAUCCGCAGGCAUCGGAACCCACGGGACGGGGAGAGGUUCCUUUGAUUGAUUUCCAGUCUCAGCUGAGGGAGCUGCAGAGCGAGAAUGACAACCUGAGGAGAGAGCUGGAUGUUGGGAGGGAUGGUGGGACGGGUCCAAGCAUGAACAAUGUCAACUUCUGGAGCCCAGAUGUGAAGAGAGACAAGGGGGUAAGGCGGGAGGAAGGAAUGAGGGGCUCGGUUCUGAAGGACCACUACAGGACUAACCAAGAGGAUUUACAGCAGCCUGGGGAUAUCCGAAGAAACAAGCAGCUUCCGUUGACGGUCCAGGAGCUUCAGGAGGAGCUGAGGGCUCACAGGGAGAUGAACAGUCGCUUGCAGCAACAGCGGCAGCAGGGGAACUCUAGCUCUUAUCGAGAACACACAGACCAGGACCACCGAGGCGGGCUCAGCCCCGGCCACAGCCCCAGACAAAGUUCCAGCAACCUGCACAGUCCUGCGCCGAGGAACAGCCCGAGAGUCAGCCCGUCGAACACCUACAAUCCGAGGCAACAGGAAGCUGACGUCAUCCUUCACAGCCCUGGUUUUGGCUGUAACACUGCGGUCACUGCGCAGAAAAUCAGCCCUGCCAACACCCUCCGCCCCGGGCCAAGAAUCAGCCCAAACCAGUCCUUCUACACUCCUAGCCAGGGUCCGGUGGCAGCGCCCUGCUCUAGUUCACUCCAGCCGUGUAGCCCCUGCCAGGUGCCUGGGUGUGGCGGCCUCUCCUCCUCAUCUCCUCCGCUGGAUCCAUCGGACGAGAAUUACUUCGGGAUGCAGUCGGAGCACGAGCGGCAGGCCAAGGAGCUUUUCCUGCUGAGAAAGACCAUGGAAGAGAUGGAGAUGAGAAUCGAUUCUCAGAAACAGACGCUGGGUGCCCGGGACGAGAGCAUCCAGAAGCUGCUGGAGAUGCUUCAGGGUCAAGGUCAGGGACACUGGGUCCGGGGACAGCGGACAGGCAUCAUCACCAUGGCGGCACAGGAGGCGGAGGCGCAGAUGGAGAACAUGCAUGUGAGAGAGGAACUCCAUCGCCGGAACCAUCUCCAGGCCGAACCGGCCAAGACCAGAGCUCUGCAGACUGUUGUUGAUAUGAAGAACACCAACCCCCCUUUCUGUUUUGAUCCUGACGUAAUCUGGCAGGACACAAAGAUCUCCUCCCUGGAGAGGAACAUCCGAAACUUAGAGGAUGAGGUCCAGGUGUUAAAGACCAGCGGCCUGCUGCACCCGGAUGAGAGACAUGAUGAGCUCAAGCAGGUGGAGGUCUACAAGAGCCAUUCUAAAUUCAUGAAGACUAAGAUAGAGCAGCUGAAGCAGGAGCUGAACAGGAAGGAGUCAGAGAUGCAGGCCCUGCAGACCAAACUGGAAACACUGACCAAUCAGAACUCAGACAGCAAACAACACAUCGAGGUGCUAAAGGAGUCUCUCAGCGCCAAGGAGCAACGGGCCAAUACACUGCAGACAGAGGUAGAUGCUCUGCGUGUGCGUCUCGAGGAGAAGGAGCAGCUACUGACCAAGAAGACAAAGCAGCUGCAGGACCUGAACGAUGAAAAGAGCACGCUGACAGGAGAGAUCAGAGACAUGAAGGACAUGCUCGAUGUCAAGGAGAGGAAGGUUCAUGUCCUGCAGAAGAAGAUUGAAAACCUGUUGGAGCAGUUAAAGGAUAAGGACAAACAGCUGACUGGGUUGAGGGAAAGGGUCCAAGGCCUCCAAACUGACUCUAGCAACACAGACACAGCCCUCUCCACUCUGGAGGAAGCCCUAUCAGAAAAGGAGCGUGUGAUUGAGAAUCUGCGCGAUCAGAAGGAGCGGGAAGACAGGGUUCGCAUGGAGGAGCUGGAACUGAUGAGGAAGGAGAACCAGCUAUUAAAGGACAAACUUUCAGUACUGCAGCCCCUGAAACUGACUCAGAGUCAGCCUGCCAUCCCCGUCCUGUCCACAAACCAGAGGCCUGAUGAAGAGGCAACAGCCAAAGUAGAUGGACCCCCAGCACGAAGCCCCACAACCCAAAACAUAGAAGAAGCAGUCCGGAAGUGUCCAGACAUCACAGACCGUCUGAGGCUUCUGGAGCAGGAAGUGGCUCGCAAUAAAGAGGAUUCUGGGAAAUCACAAGUGGAGGUUGAGAGGCUAAUGAUGGCUCUGAGGGAUGCUGAAAUGGACAAAUUGCUCAAGGAGAAGAAAAUUGCUGACCUUGAGAGACCUGGGCAAGUCAAGUCCCCUAAUAUCCAGAAGCAGACAGUGGCGAGUGAGAUGACGAAAGAUGGCCUGAUUGAUGGACAUCCACACUCUUUAUCGCAGUUGGAGGAGCUGAUGGGGGCUUUAGAGAAGACACGUCAGGAGCUUGAUGCCACCAAGCUGCAUCUGUCCUCCACCCAGCAGUCCCUGCAUGAGAGAGACGGGCACCUCAACAGUCUUCGCCAUGAGCGACGGAAACAGCUGGAGGAGAUUCUGGAAAUGAAGCAGCAGGCUUUGCUGGCAGCCAUCAGUGAGAAGGAUGCAAACAUCGCCCUGCUGGAGUUAUCCUCUUCCAAACGGAAAAAAUCUCAGGAGGAAGUGAUGGCUCUGAAGAGGGAGAAAGACAGGCUCAUGCACCAGCUCAAACAGCAGACUCAGAGCAGAAUGAAGAUGAUAGCGGAUAACUAUGAGGAAGAUCACAUCCACCCCCAGCAUCAUCCUCACCAUUCUCACCAUAUGCAUCCAGCCAACGUGCAUCACCGAAGCCUGCCAAGAGGGCCCCCCCAUGCCAAUCACCGACCCCCUAUGGACCAGGACGAUGAAGAGGGAAUAUGGGCAUGAUCACCAUCACCAUGGAAACCCUGCAUCCACUUAUCCACAGUG